AUGCCGCUCGUCGAUUCCAGCCUCGCCGAAUUCAUUGCCGGUCAACCUCAAGGCUUCACUCAUGUAGCCGUCGCUGCAGCCGUCUUUCAUGAGGAUCGUCUCCUGCUGGUCCAGCGUGCCGAGACGGACAGCUAUCCUGGCCACUGGGAACUGCCUGGCGGAUCUGCUGAUCCUGCCGACAGGUCCAUCAGCGAAUCAGUUGGCCGCGAGUUGUUCGAAGAAACCGGUCUUCGCAUGAAGCGCAUCCUCUCCGAGAUCCUCCCACCCACAACCUUCUCUACCGGCUGGGGCAAGCGUCAAAAGACAUGGCUCAAGGUCAGCUUCGUGGUCGAAGAUAGUGUCAUUGCGGUUGAUCCACCUGCCAUCAAACUUCACGACAAGGAACACCAGAAGUAUGUUUGGAUCUCAGCUGAGGAGGUCAUCAAGAACAGAGUGGCAAUGCCCGGCGAGCCCGUCAUGGAGUUCAUCUCAGCAGACAGUGUGUCGACCAUUCUGGAGGCGUUCCGCUUGAACAAGCACAUUCAGAAGGCCGAGAAUGGUGAAGCACUGCAGGUGACUGAAACGGAGAAUGGAAAGCUCUGA